AUGCCAAGGAACAAAAAAGGCACCAAACAAAAUGUCCUUGUGACUAAUUGGGUGACGAACUCCCAUAAAUACAUACAAACUGGUAUCAGUGCUCGAAAAAAGGCCAGGCUGGAUAUCCAAGCCUCUCAGGAGCAGUUGCUUCAAGAAGUUUCUCAGGAAGAUGUCAAGCAACUCGAAGAGCUCUGCAGCGCGACACUGGGAAGUGCCAUUGAGGACUGGGAGGAUGAGCCAACAAUGGCUCAGUUGAGCUUAUUCCAAGAUGAGGACCUUGACUACGAGCAACUACUCAGUGCGUUGUCCUCUCUGUCUCCAACACCAUGA